AUGCAGUUGUUAUUUGAAUUAUUUUUGAUAUUAUGGAUUCUUCAACCUUUAAAAAGUGUUAAGAUCAACGAGACGAAUCUAAUUGAACAUUUAACACCAUCAGAAUGGAGACAUUUCGUUGGACCCAAUGCAAGUCAACAUUUUGGCGUGACUUACUUAAAUCCAAGUAUGCUGAAAAUCGGACUGGUCAAUUUUACGUCUGAUAAGUUUGGUCGUUAUUUUCAAUUUGAUUUGCAAAAAAAUGAUGAUUUAUUUGACGACAAAUUUGUCAUACUUAAAAGAAAAAAUGGGAAAUCAGAAAUAAUAGAUGAUGAAUUUAAUGAUACGGGUUGUUAUUACCAUAGUUUUUCACCCCAUGUGGCUGCACUUGACGUCUGCAAUGGAUUAAGGGGAAUUCUUAAAUCGAACGAAGAUGAUUUUUAUGCCAUAAGUCCAUUACCGGAACGAUUUCAUGGUUUGGAUGAAACACCACACGUGAUUGUCCGACUAGAAAACGCAGCGAAAUUAAAAGAAUCUUUUGGUAAAUUUAUCGCUGUGAAUGAAUAUAAUAAAUUACCUAAAAUUCGAUCAAAAAGAGGUAUUUGGUCACCAUCUGUGUUGAAUCUGGAAAUAGCCAUUUUCGUAGACCAGGACCUUUAUAGACUCAUGGCCAUUAAUUUUGAAUCAAACACCGAAAAAGAAAUUAUUCGAUUUGUUUUGGCUAUGGUCAACGCUGUUGAUUUGUUGUAUCACGACCCUUCGUUAGGUCGUCAAAUUAAUUUUAUUUUAAAAAGACUGGAGAUUCUUCAUUCAGAUCCUGAAGGUCUAUCGAGGUCUAAUGAUAUAGACCGAUUCUUAAGUAAUUUUUGUAAAUGGCAACAGACCGAAAAUCCACCGCUAGAUUCGGAUCCUCUACAUUGGGAUCAUGCCGUUAUACUGACUGGACUUGAUUUGUUUGUGACCGGAAAAAAUGGUAAAAUCAGCAAUCAAGUCGUAGGUCUCGCUCCAGUCGCUGGUAUGUGUACGAAAACUAGCAGCUGUACUGUAAAUGAAGGUCGACAUUUUGAAAGCGUUUAUGUGGUUGCACAUGAAAUUGGUCAUAAUUUGGGAAUGCGGCACGAUGGAACUUCGUCGGACAACAAUUGUGAUCCAACAAGUUACUUGAUGUCACCGACCCUGGGAAGUGGUAAAAUUACAUGGUCCACGUGUAGCCAUGAGUACCUAGAAAAGUUUUUACAGAGCUCACAAGCAGGGUGCUUAUUUGACGACAGUGGUACUUCUGGAUACAUGGACCAUAAACAACAUGGCCGUUUGCCUGGUGAGCGGUUCGACGCACACGAACAAUGUCUGCUUAAAUAUGGACGAGGAAGUGUACAUGCUAUUAGUCAAGAUUUGAGUGAGGUUUGUCGGGAUUUACAUUGCCAACGGGAUCGAUAUACAUGGACUUCACAUCCUGCGCUAGAAGGAACUCUGUGUGGCCCAAAUAAAUGGUGUAGAAGUGGUCGGUGUGUACAUAAGGGUUUGUCUGCUCUUCAAGCUGGAUUUGCACCGCAUCAGAGUAUUGAUGGUGGAUGGAGUGAUUGGCAACCGUUCUCAGAUUGUGCUUCAUCAUGUUUGCUAGGUGAUAAAAAUGAUCUAAAUAGCGGUAGCACCGGCAUAAUGACCUCGUUAAGAAGGUGCAACAAUCCCAGGCCGGAAAAUGGCGGUAAAUCAUGUUCAGGUGGUGAUCAAAAGUAUAAAUCAUGUUCCACAGAACAAUGUACAAAUGCACCACAGCUUACUCUCAAAGACUUUGCUAAUGAGAUAUGUUUAAGAGCUAAAGAAUACGAUAUGGAGCUUCUGGGAACUGGUUAUCAAAAAAUUAGUUCAGAUCCUAAAGACGCGUGUACUGUUUGGUGUCAUAAAGAAAAAGGUGGUACAAAAAGUCGGGGUUGGUCUUUUCCAGAUGGAACAACAUGUCAAAUAAAUAAGAAUAAGGAAUCUACUUAUUGUAUUGGUGGUUAUUGUAAGGAAUUCAUUUGCGAUAAAUCAUCUUCGCCAGAUACACUGUACAUUGAGGAGACAAAAAAAUGUGAAGCAAAUGAACCGCCAGUUAAUCGAUUGAGACCGCCUUCUCAACCAUUGCCGCUUUUGCCUGCGGAGUCCAGUAUUGUUGGAUGGAAAUGGCAGCCAAUUUCUGUGUGCCACUAUAGUUGUAUGAUUCCGGGCGUCGGUCUUAAACUGGUUGAAGGUAAAACGUGUAAAACGUGUGAACCAGUCAUGAGCAUAAAGAUUUGCCGUCCACAAAAAGAACAAUGCAAAAUGGGUUUAAAAUCCGUAGUAGAUUAUGCAACUUCAAUCUGUACUAAAUAUGGUCAAAAAGUACAGAGACUUUCUGGUUUAGGAAUGCAAUUGUCGUCAGUGCCAGAGGAUAUGGAUAGACCAUGUAGACUUGCUUGUCAAGAUCAAACUGUGCAGCACAGGUUUUAUAUUGUUAAUGGUGAGGUUGGAUGGUUUCCGUUUGGUACGGAUUGUGCUCGAGGAGAUCCGGACCGACAGGCAUUUUGUUUGAGUGGAAAAUGUUUGGAUUUUGGACCCGAUAACUUACCACUAUCGGUAGAUGAAGUGACAUCACAUAAUAAUUUCAGUUCAAAUAAUCGUAUAAAAAGAAGUUUGUCAAUACAGGAUAACAAUUAUACUGUGCAACAGAUCAUACAAUCUUUCUUCAAGAUAAAUAGAGAAAAAAGAAAACCAACUAUAGAUCAUGACAUGAUAUCACUAGACUUUGAGAAUCCUGUAGAAAUACAUAAUACGUGAUAAAAUGUAAAAACUACAUUAUUUUUUGUAUUGAAAAUAUAGAAAUGUGCGAAAAAUCAA